UUAUCCUUCUGAGUUAUUCUCUUGUAAUAUGGCAAAAAAAAUCAUAUGAAAUGCACAAAUGAAUGUGCAAUUUGAUGCACACCGGUGCAUGCAUUGUGCAUCCCCCCUCCAGCUCCCCAAUGGGUUAAUCUCAAAAACUAUGCGGGUCUUGAAAAGAAAGGAUCCCUGCGUCUUUAAAGUUUAUGUAGCAACAGAGGGAUUGUAGCGAUAAUGCUAUUGGGGCGGCAGAUCAGUUACUUCUGACGCUCCAAAGCCUCGGGGAGUUGGCUCAAGAUUGCUUGUCUUUGAUAAGGUCCUCACUAUGUAGCUGCAACUUCGUGAUCUGGGAAAAGAUUGGUAAAACGUGGCAAAAAAGCUCGCAGGUCGGGAAAUAAACCGAGCAGGCUUUGAAAUAUGCUCCACACAGAGUGACUGCAACGUUUCUGGGCAGCUCCGACACUUGUUUUAUUUUUUUCCGAGGCAUCGAGCUGGAAUUGUUUUUUAUGCAGCUGUCGGGACCCGGCAGUCGGUUCCUUACUUUGAAGUGCGCUGCUCCAGCCUGUCUGUGGGCUCAGUUGGUGUUGAGUCGCCUACAGGAGAGAGCUACCGGCGGCAUGGCAGCCUGAGACCACAGGGAGGAGAAAAGGAGGAGGGAGAAAAGCGGUAUUUUUUCCUCUCGAGUGCAUUUUUCUCUCCGUAAACCGACUCAAACCUGAACGGACUGUAUGUGGACGCGUCGCGGAGACGAGUACUGUGGAUUAUACGCGCUUUUUGUGUGGAUAAAACGGCAACAACUGGAGUUUAAUUUGAGUGGGGAACUCGUGGAUCGAUGAGAGAAGACGGGCAGCCGGAGAGAAGCUCCCCCGCUGACAUAAGAGAGUGAGGAGAUUACAGUAGAAGCUCAGAGGAGGCGAACAACACACAGGCUCCGUCUCCUGCUGCCUUCAGAGCCAUGAGCCGGCCGCUUAUGGACCAUAUCGCUAGUAGUUUCCGAGAAGAUGCUCCCCGACCCCCGGUGCCGGGGGAGGAGGGCGAGGCGCCCUGCUACCCCGGCAAACUCGCAAUGAUGAAACCUUUGCUGGAACCCCCCAAAUCGGUUUUGCUCGGCUCUCCGGGCUCAUCGGCGCGGAGGAACGAGGAUGGUCUUGGGGAGCCGGAGGGGAGCGCCUCCCCGGAUUCACCGCUUUCCCGGUGGACAAAGUCUUUGCACUCUCUGCUCGGGGACCAGGACGGUGCUCUUCUUUUUCGGACCUUCCUGGAGCGAGAGAAAUGUGUCGAUACUUUAGACUUUUGGUUCGCCUGCAAUGGCUUCAGGCAAAUGGACCUCAAGGAUACCAAAACGCAGAGAGUCGCCAAAUUAAUCUACAAGCGCUACAUCGAGAACAACAGCAUUGUCGCCAAACAGCUGAAGCCCGCUACUAAGAGCUUCAUACGGGAUAAUAUCAAGAAGCAACACAUUGACUCCGCAAUGUUCGACCAGGCGCAGACGGAGAUCCAAACCAACAUGGAGGAGAACGCGUACCAGAUGUUUCUGACCUCUGACAUUUACCUCGAGUACGUGAGGACUGGGGGAGAAAACCCAAAUCACGUCAACUCGAGCGGGCUGGGCGACCUGAAAGUUGUCUGUAAAUACCUGCCCACGCUCAUCGAAGAGGAGGAGUGGAGUUGUGAUUUCAAAGCCAAAGCGCUGGUUGGAUUCUCGGCGAAGGCGCAGAGGGCCACCGUGUCCAUGAGGGCGGUGGAGGUGAUGGAAAGAGGAUACAGGUCCUACAAGAGAGGAGAGUCCCUGAACCCCUGCUACGUGGGCUCCUUCGCCCCCGUCAGCAGCACCAACGACAGCGAGGUGUCCAGUGACGCCUUGACUGACGACGCCAUGUCGGUGACUGACAGCAGUGUAGAUGGCAUCCCUCCGUACAAACUGGGCUCAAAGAAACAGCUGCAGAGAGAGAUGCAGCGCAACAUGAGGAUGAACAGCCAAGUCUCUCUGCCUGCUUUCCCUCGUACACGCCGUCCUCCCAAGGAGAUGGUCCCAAUGGAGCCGUCGGAGUUUGCAGCUCAGCUCAUCUCCCGCCUGGAGAGCCUGAAGAGAAAACAGGACACCAUCAACUCUCUGGAGGAGAAGCUGCAGCAGAUUCAGGAGGAGGAGGAGAAAGAAGACUCGGAGAUGAUGGGAAGUGCUCCCCAGCUGUCCCCCCACCCCUUGGCCCUCCUCCCCGGCCCCUCUGACGAGGACCCCCAGGCCAUCCUGGACGACCACCUGUCCCGCGUCCUGAAGACGCCCGGCUGCCAGUCGCCCGCCGUCAUCCGCCACUCGCCUCGCUCCAGCUCCCCAGAGCACCGGCCCCUCACUCGGCCGGGCUUCGGGAUCAAAGCCCUGGUCCGGGCGGGACCCUCCAGUUCCAGUCUGGACCAAGGGGCCAUCACUCUGGCCCUGGGCCCCGGCAGGACCCUGGUGAGCAGGCAGAGCACCAAACACAUCCACCACCACUACAUCCACCACCACGCCAGCCCCAAGAGCAAGGAGCAGAUUGAGCGGGAGGCGGCGCUCCGGGUGCACGGCCUCUGUUCCAGCGGUGGAGAGUUCCAGCCUUACCAGCGCAGCCGAAGCCUGGGACGAGAGAUGUGUGGAGCCGUCUCUGCAGACAACAGCGUGGGGCGUUCCAGCUCUCUGUCCAGGCGUGUUUGCCGCUCCGGGGCGGAGGAGGGAGUAGCGGAGAGGUUCAUGGAGGACUGUGGACCCCUGCAGCUGCCCAGCGACACCACAGACCCCACCCAGAAUGUUCUGCAGUGGAUCCUGGAAAGCAAACGGCAAGGCAGACACAAGUCUCACAGUAACCAGAGCACCAAGAAGUCCUUCGGAGGCUCCUCCACCCAGACUCAUACGUGGGGCGGUGGUGGAAGCUGCGGUCACCUCCGCAGCCACCAGCCGGCUCAGCCGUUCAUCCAGGACCCCGCCAUGCCUCCUCUUCCUCCUCCCAACACGCUGGCCCAGCUGGAGGAGGCCUGCCGCAGGCUGGAGGAGGUCUCCACCAAGACCACCAAGCAAAGGCAUCCGAUGUCCAGCCUCCAGCCAGAGAAGAGCCACCUAGUGCCUGUCCAGGGUGAGGGGUCUCCAGCCGCUCCCAGUCCCGCUGGCCUCCUCACGAGCAGCCCCGGCCUCCAAUCAGAAGAGAUGAAGGAGUGCAAAAAGGGUUCAGGAGGCGAGACGGUGGUGACGUACUUCUUCUGUGGCGAGGAGAUCCCCUACCGCAGGAACAUGAAGAGCCACAGUCUCACCCUGGGCCACUUCAAGGAGCAGCUCCGAAAGAAGGGCAACUACAGGUACUACUUCAAGAAAGCCAGCGAUGAGUUUGAGUGCGGCGCCGUGUUCGAGGAGGUGUCAGACGACGGCUCCUUGCUGCCCACCUACGAGGGAAAGAUCCUGGGCAAAGUGGAGCGGAUGGAGUGAGACCUUCUUCAUGUUGUGGAUUAUACGAACGCUUCACACCUGCCAUGGAUGGAUAUACUCCCUUCUCUGCUCACACACACACACACUAAGGAUGUGUCUUUUAAGCUAAAGACUGAAGGACUUGGAGAUGUUGAAGGAACGUCAAAGAGGUUUCGGGACAAAUUCUAUCGCUCUUACAGGACUAUCGUGUGAACAAGCCCGCCUUGAAGUGAAGAAAAUACAAAGACUGUGUGUUGCUGGACUGAAACAUCUCCGUGUUUCCAGAAGAGAAAACUCUAGAGACUCUAAGGUGAAUGACCACUCCUCAAAGAAGCGGGCCGGUGGGCUCCAAAUCUGAGACUGACAGCCCUACUUGACCCCGCCCGUGCUAGCAUAACUCGCUAGCACACCGCUAAAAAUGUAUAUGCAGAUAUACAUGUACAUUGCAUUGUAUUGUGAUGCUCGUAUUGCUGUGUAAAGAUUUCUAUUGCUAUUUAUUGGAAAUACCCCCCGGCCCCCCCAAACCCCCUUAUUAUUCCUCCAUGGACAAGCUGCUUGGAGUUGGAGAAACUUCUCCAAUUUUCCCACAUCCGUGAUUUUUUCUUUUUCCCCUUCAGUUCUCAAGCAAAGGAAAUGGGUUUUAUUCAUUUUCUGCCCCUCAUAUUGAACUGUAAACUUCGAAAAUAUACCUCUUCAAAAAAAAAAAAAUCCACUCCUGUUCCUGGAGAUUUUAGCGGGACAUCAUCUCUGAUCUCUUGGCUGGAGAGCUUACUGCUGAAGCUUUUUGAGAAUGGCUCUCUUAUCACUUAAAAGUUCGAUAAUAUAUUUACUACUGCAGUGCUAUUUGUGGCCGUGUCCCCAUCUUGCUCUGAGUGGACUACGAAAAAGAAAAAAGAAGAAAAAAGGAAAUGCUAUUAACGUUUUAAUUCCCGACUCUGGGACUCUGCCCAGUUAGCCUUGAUCUGUCGCGUCUUAGUGCCUUUGUUUCAGUGGCGCAGGCAUCGCACAAAUAGCCUACGUAUUUACUUAGAGGAAACUGCCCUGAACAGGUCCUAGAAU